CCCCCCAAAAAAUCACAUAAUAUCUUCUCAAAGCAUGCUGAUUGUAGGCUGUAGACUAGGCCACUCGAAGGCCUCUAGCAAGCUUACCCAAGCUUUGGAACUCGUAGUUGCCAGUUGCCACCGCCAUUAACCUUCCGGAGCUCUGUCUCCCCUCUCUCUUUCCAUAUAUCCCUUUUCCUUAUCACUCUGUCUUCCAGUGUCUUUCCAUCUUCCCACUCUCAAUCUUUCUUCGCAAGAAGAUUCAGCCGUUUAAAGAGAGAGAGAUCAUGAGGUAGAGAGCAGCAAGCCAACUAAGAACCAAGAAGCGAGAGCAGAACUCCUGACAGAGAAAUGGGCGUCCCUUCGUUUUACAGAUGGCUAGUGGGAAGAUACCCAAACAUAGUCGUCAAAGCCCUGCCGCCACCAGAUCAAGAAAUCGCACCCACCAGCAGCAAUCUGCUUCUCCCAAACCCAAAUGGGUUCGAGUUCGAAAAUCUCUAUCUCGACAUGAAUGGAAUCAUCCACCCUUGCUUCCACCCCGAAGACCCUUCCAACCCGAUUCAGCCGACAACGUUUGAUCAAGUCUACAACGCCGUGUUCGACUACAUCGAUCACUUGUUCAGCAUCGUGCGGCCGAGGAAGCUCCUGUUCAUGGCUGUGGAUGGAGUCGGCCCGCGGGCCAAGAUGAAUCAGCAGCGGGCCAGACGGUAUCGAUCAGCCAAAGAUAACGAGAUUGCGGAAGAGGAGGAAGAGUGUUUGAGAAAGCAAUUCGAGACGGAAGGCAAACAGAUUCUUCCGAAAACGGAGUCCGAAUUGUCGGACUCCAACAUCAUAACCCCGGGGACGGAGUUCAUGUUCGAGCUGUCGAAGAAGCUGCAGCAUUAUGUGAAUUUGAGAAUGGAGACUAGUCCUGGAUGGAAGGAUAUCAAGGUUGUGCUUUCCGACGCAAGUGUUCCGGGGGAAGGGGAGCAUAAGAUCAUGUCGUUCAUUCGGGAGCAGCGUUGCAUGCCUGAUUACAACCCGAAUACCCGCCAUUGCCUCUAUGGCCUGGAUGCUGACUUGAUCAUUCUGGCUCUGGCUACACACGAAGUGCACUUCUCGAUACUACGAGAGAAUGUGGCUGUGCAAGAAGAGCAACCAGUGUGUUUUUCUGCUUUGAUGAGUAGCCUUUCAACGGUGGAGACGAAAUCAUUCAAGUCGAGAGGAUGGUUCAAGGAUGUGAAAGUUGAACAAGAGAAGCCAUUAGCUAAAAAGCCUGCAUCUUCUGUCAGGAAGACAUAUCAGUUCCUACACGUUUGGAUUCUCAGGCAGUACCUGGAGAUUGACAUGAGAAUCUCUGAUCCUCCGGAGAAGUUUGAGUUCGAUGUAGACCGUGCCAUUGAUGAUUUCGUGUUCAUAUGCUCCUUUGGGGGGAAUGAUUUUCUUCCCCGCAUGCCUACCCUGGAGAUUCAUGAGGGUGCUCUUGAUCUUUUGAUGACUGUUUAUAAGGAACAUUUCAAAAGUAUUGGAGGGUACUUGGUGGACAUGGAAAAGGUACAAGAGACCAAAAAUGUGUUUAUAAAGCUUAAGAGAGUAGAGAAGUUCAUCUUGGAGGUUGGGAAGUACGAGGACAAAAUUUUCAAGAAAAGAUCUGAACUUCGAGAUCGAAAGAUGAGGCAGGUUGCUGCUUAUGUAGCUGUUGAAAACGAGGACGGGAAUACAGACUCGUCACUGGAGAUAGCGAAGGAUCCAAGCUCUUCUUCCAUUGGAAGUCUGCCGGUUUCUGAAGAUCAAAUAUUGAAGAACACAAGGGAGUUCAAGGAAAGAUUAAGGUCUUGCCUUAGGAAGAAAGCUGAUAAUUUCAGAAACGGUGAUUUGGUGAACGACAAGGUGAAUUUUGGUGCUGAUGGAUGGAAAAAGAGAUACUAUCAAGAGAAAUUUUCUGCCGAAACCCCAAGUGAGAUCGAAGUUACAAGGAAAGACGCUGUCCAGAAGUAUACAGAAGGGCUGCUGUGGGUUCUGCAAUACUACUAUUGUAGAGUCCCUUCGUGGAAUUGGUACUACCCAUACCAUUACGGACCGUUUGCAUCUGACCUCAAGGGACUGUCACAAGUAAAGGUGAAGUUCCACAAGGGAUCACCAUUCAAACCCUUUGAGCAGCUCAUGGCUGUCUUACCACCGCGAAGUUCAACUGCACUUCCCAAAGCAUAUCGGAAUCUGAUGACAGAUGAGAAGUCCAACAUCAUCAGUUUAUUCCCAACUGAUUUUGCAGUAGACAUGCAGGGAAAGCGGUUUUCCUGGCAGGGGAUAUGCAAGCUUCCUUUUGUCGAUGAACGAUUGCUAUUAGCAGAGCUCCAUAAAGUUGACAAGGAUCUCCAAGGUCAUGAAACCGAAAGAAACAAACAGAAAACUGAUAGAUUGUUCAUUAGAAGAAGCGGUUUGCCUGAAGAUCAGCUGGCCUCAUUUGUUUCGACCAUGGAGAAAGGAAUCUUCAGCAAGAUGGACAUUGCAUCAUGUGGAAUUGGUGGAUUUGUUUCCCUGGACCAAGAGAUUUGGAGCAGCAUUAUUGACAGGACUGUCUUAUGUCUUUUGCUCGAGUCGACCAAGGAAAUCAAACAUAUUCCUCGUCCUCUCGCAGGAACAUCAUUUCCAGACAAGACCAUAACUGAAGCUGACAUCGUAGCCGCGCAGUUAUGGCAUGAAAUCCCUGUCUCCAGAUACACUACCAACCACAGAAACAGAAACUGGAGCAGAAGCAGCAACGUAGGAGAACCACACAAUGACAAUGCACUGAGCUCAAAAACUUCCUUUAGGAGUAAUGCCAAUGCAGUUCGAUUUACGGCUAACCCUUCUCCAAGACCGAUCCUCAAGCCAGCUGGACCAUCCAGCACAGGUUUCAGCAAUGGCAGAGGAAGAGGGAGGAUCAGCUCUCUUCAGCCAGAUCAGGAGACUGGAAGUCAGGUUUCAGCACAACCAAAGUUGCACGAGGGUGAAGGCAGCAGCUAUAGAUUCAGGCCACAGAACUACAACCCGACCAACCCAUGGAAGCAGCAGCCAUGGCAGUUGAAUAGCACUAGUAAAGAUCAUUUAAGGUAUCAACAGGUGACUGGAAGAGGGCAAUGGAGCUCCACAUCAUCAUCAUCAUCAGCUGGCAAUGAUCACUACCCAUCUCUUGCACAAAGGUAUGGAAGAGUUGUUGGCAAUAGUAACAAUGGCCCACGUGGGUCUUCUUCUGCAACUAGGUGGAGGGCAAGAGAGCAGUCCUCAUAACUAGCUGGGGGAAUCACCUUCUGCAGGAAGAAAAAAAAAAGUGUCAGUACCGUUGGGGCAGUGUUCUGAUAUAUAAUUGCUCCCCUUUUUUGCAAACAAGUUAUGAAUAUUUUGAUGGAGCAAUGAGCUCUUGCGUGAGUUGCGUCCCUUUUGGCCCCAACCUUGAUACAACGGUGGGAAAGUGAAAAAAAUAUUAAGACUGAAUAUGUGUCUAGUAUGGAUACUUGGUGCAAGUGAAAUAGAAUGAAGGGUUAAUGAUGCUUGGUGCAAGUGAAAUAGAAUGAAGGGUUAAUGAUGCCAAUGUAGAGCAAACAAAAAAGCAUAUAAUUUUGAUGAAUAUGGUAGAUCAAACAUAGGUAACUCAGUUUUAAAUUGUGCUCCAACUCCUAUCUCAAAAGAACGAACUCUUUAAAAAUCUUGAAUUCUUCUAUGAUACAAAAAAUUUGAAUUUUCUGAUAGUUAAGCAUGGUUGUCAUGUCGACUUCCUGCCGGUCUGUUCAAUCGAGAACAACCGGUAUCGAUCAUAAAACUGGAUGAAAAAG